GUUUUUCAUUUCGUCAAAUGUUACUUAUCUUACUUCCCGGGCGUGGUAUAUGAUAUAUAAUCAAACACCUUCUGCUGGUAUCUUGAAUAAUUAGGUCCCAGACCCAUGAAGUUGGCAGCAGCAAGCAGCAACGAAAUACAAAUGACAGUCCGUCAAAACCCAGCAACAAUAUCUGAAAUCAAUCAAAAACAACCAUCGGAAUUAUAUGGAACGACAUUUACAUGCGAUGCCAGAAUUCUAUAUAUGAUACCAACUGUUGACUGGUACAGAAAUGCAUGUCCUCUAUGCUCCCACGAAAUCUUUCCAUAUGGAGAGAAUUGGCUAUGCCCAACCGAUGGCGAAUUUGACCAUGCAAAAUGCAUGUACCAAAUCUCUGCCAUGAUUCAAGACAACACUGGAGAAUUGCAGGUCACAAUAAACCACGAGCCAGCAACUUCAAUGAUUGGCAUCCAAUGUUCUGAUCUCCGAAUCAUAGCGAGCGAUCACGCAAUACCACCGCAUAUUCUCUCACUUAAAGGCAGUUCCAUGACAUUCCAUAUUGAAGCACUACGAGAAGGCAGAGCUAACAGACUUAGAGCUGCUGUAAAGAAAGUAAGCGACACAAACAGGCAUACAAGUCCAACAAAUACAACCAUUCCAUCAGCAACAAGAACAACUCCAGCUCCCACGACACUUGGCACAACACAAACGCAUAGAAUGACAGCGAAAAGAUUAGAAUUCCCAACCCAAGAUACUCAAACCGGAGGCUCAAAAAGACCAAAAACCAAAGAGUAACACAAACAGGUUAUGUAAGAGCACAAAUAUCGGCUUUUGUGGAACAAAUGACAGCAGGCAAAUCUGCACAACAACAAUAUAUGAGAAGGUGCACUUAACCCAUCUUUUGCUAAAAGUAGAUUCUAUCAACAUCCUUUUUUUGUAACUAACAACAAAGAUAACCUUUCGUCUAUCCACUCAUAUUAACAUCUGCUCAUCUUUUAGUGAA